AUGCAAUAUGCCUCACCGUGCAGCAUCGCCUGCGGCGUCAGAGAACGACUUCGAUAUUACGAAGUCAUUGUUCAAUGAUGAUAUCGGUAGCGGCGACGAAGAUUUCGCACUUUCGAAUAGCAAGGAUUUAGGACCUCUCGAUGCUGGUGGGAUAUUGGACCUGGAAAGCGAUGAUGGCGACGAGGCCUUCAUUGCUGCGCAGCAGGCAGCUUCGAAUCGAAAAUCCUCCAAUCUGAAGGGGAAGUCAGUCAAGAAAGGAGGUGGCUUCCAAGCAAUGGGAUUGAAUGCCCAUCUGCUCAAAGCAAUUUCGAGAAAAGGCUUCAAUGUACCUACGCCGAUUCAGCGAAAGACUAUACCGUUGGUACUUGACACCCAAGAUGUUGUGGGAAUGGCAAGGACUGGUUCUGGAAAGACGGCAGCAUUCGUUAUCCCAAUGAUCGAAAAAUUGAAGGCGCAUAGUGCGAGAGUUGGAGCUAGAGCCUUAAUUAUGUCGCCAUCUCGAGAAUUGGCUUUGCAGACACUGAAGGUCGUGAAGGAGUUUGCCAGGGGUACAGAUCUCAAAGCCGUGCUGCUUGUUGGUGGAGACAGUCUGGAGGACCAGUUUGGAUUCAUGGCUGCCAACCCGGAUAUUGUCAUUGCAACACCUGGUCGAUUCUUGCAUUUGAAAGUUGAGAUGUCUCUGGAUCUUUCGUCUAUGAAAUAUGUGGUGUUCGAUGAGGCCGAUCGUCUCUUCGAAAUGGGUUUUGCUGCUCAGCUGACGGAAAUUCUCCAUGCUUUGCCGACCUCGAGACAGACACUGCUAUUCUCAGCCACUUUGCCAAAGUCUUUGGUUGAGUUUGCACGCGCUGGCUUGCAGGAGCCCAGCUUGGUCCGUCUCGAUGCUGAGAGCAAAAUCUCCGCAGACCUUGAGAGUGCUUUCUUCAGUGUCAAGGGCGCCGAGAAGGAAGGUGCAUUACUUCACAUCUUGAACGAUCUCAUCAAGAUGCCCACAGGUCCACCCGAAGCUGCCCAAAAUGCUACGGAUGCAAAUAGCAAGAAAAGGAAACGAGGUGCUGAUGGUCCACGUCCAAAGCAAAAACCUACCGAGCACUCCACUAUCGUAUUUGCAGCUACAAAGCAUCAUGUCGAUUACCUAGCGUCUCUGUUACGAUUAUGUGGCUUUGCUGUAUCUCAUGCAUAUGGUUCACUGGACCAGGUGGCACGAAAUAUACAGGUAGAAGAUUUUCGUACCGGAAUGACCAACAUUUUAGUAGUCACAGAUGUUGCUGCUCGAGGUAUCGAUAUCCCCGUCUUGGCGAACGUUAUCAACUACGACUUCCCUCCUCAACCAAAGGUCUUCGUUCAUCGUGUUGGUCGUACAGCAAGAGCCGGGCAACGUGGUUGGAGUUACAGUCUUGUUCGAGAUACAGAUACUCCUUACCUGUUGGAUUUACAGCUUUUUCUUGGGAAGAGAUUAAUACUUGGUCGUGCUGGCGGGACCUCUCCAAACUACGCGGAAGAUGUGUUUGUUGGAGCUCUUCAAAGAGAUAAGCUCGAAAGCACGACGGAGUGGAUCAAUAAGCUUGUCAGCGAAAAUGACGACUUGAGUGCUCUUCGCACAGUUGCUGGCAAGGGAGAAAGACUCUACAUUAAGACUCGCAACUCGGCAUCAAGUGAAAGCGCUAAACGCGCAAAAGAGAUUGUAGCUUCAAAAGGCUGGAUGGAACUACAUCCAUUGUUUAAUGAUGACACAAAUGACGCCGAACAAGCAAGACUCGAUAUGCUUGCGCGAAUUAGUGGAUUUCGACCCCAAGAGACCGUCUUCGAGAUUGGGACAAGAGGUAAAGCAGGGCACGGUGAAGCUGCGGAAAUGAUGCGUCAUCGAAGGGAGAAGAUUGUGCCACGGAGACAGAAAGACGAGGAUGAGAAAGCCGCUGCAGCUGCUGAAAUGCUUCAGGAGUCUAUUGAUCACCCAAGUCUACUUUCAGCUGACGUCGAAGACGACGAUGACGAUGAGAUGGAAGUGAUAGUCACAGGGGGUGGGGACGACAUGUCUGAAGCUUCCGAAGGGGACCUUGAAAACACUUUCUCGAGGACAGCCCAAAAGGGCAAAGGAAGAACUCUCUCUUGGAAAGACUCAGAGAACUUCAUGUCAUACACCCCAAAGACAAUCAACACAGCUGAAGAGCGCGGUUACGGUGUUCACUCCGGUUCUUACAACACUGCGUCACAGAAUUCGAACUUCGUAGAAGCAGCAAGAGGCCUUACGAUGGAUCUCACAAACGACGAUGGUGCAAAGUCCUUCGCUGAACCGGCCAGAGCCAAGGGAAUGCGUUGGGACAAAAAGAACAGCAAAUAUGUCGCACGAGCCAAUGACGAGGAUGGCUCAAAAGGUAAAAAGAUGAUCCGUGGUGAAAGCGGACAGAAGAUUGCUGCCAGCUUCCAGAGCGGUCGAUUCGAUAGAUGGCGAAAAGCCCACAAAGUCGAUCGAUUACCGAGAACGGGCGAGGCAGAAAAACCUGGUGCCGGUGCUAAUGCUGGAGUCGGAAGAGGAUUCGGCACGAGAUAUAAGCAUAAGAUGGAGAAGGCACCGAAAGAAGCAGAUAAGUACCGGGAUGAUUACCACGUGAGGAAGAAGCGUGUCGACGAAGCGAAAGAGAAACGAGUUGGGAAAUGGAAGGAUGGCGUGGGUAAGAAAGAAAUUAAGAGUACGGAUGAUAUCCGAAAAGAGAGGAAGUUGGCGGAGAGGAAGAAGGAGAAGAAUGCUAGACCUUCCAAGAGGGGAAAGACGUGAUAGACUUGAAAAAAGUAUUGCAAAUACCCAAUAUCCGACUGUCAAAAAUUC